AUGGCGAAGGUUCCACCUCAGGUCGACUCGUUCGGUCUCCAUGUUGCUGAUCGGGGCUUGAAUCCCGUUCUCUCUUCCUCUCAGUUCUCGUCAACCUGCAGUACCACUUCUCAGCCACGAAGACAGUUCCAGUCCCUUUCAUCUCUCACUACCACAGCGAUCAAUGUACACGACACCGCCUUACGGCUUGGCCUUGGUUCGCCUCUGAGGAUCAUGGUGGAAACGCAGUCGUCAGGCCCUGUUGUGCUGACUUCCUAUCUAUACUCACCCGAUCGAUGCAAAGCAACAAUAGAACAGCCUCAUGAGAAUUCACGUCUACUUCGCGAAAUUCUGGAUGACAGCAACACCCUCGAAGAACCUAUCCAUGGGCUGGACGAGAGUGCUCACAGCCACAGGGAAUUAGGUGUAGGCGAAUUUGAACGGAGGAACCGCCCCCCUCUAUUGAUCGCAACCGUUGUGGCUUCAAGCGCUUCUACGAUUGGGGAAGCUCGUAGAUCAGCUGCUCAAUUGGAGCAAACUGGGAGAGAUUUUCAGAGCGAAUGGUCAAAAAAGCUGGUCGAGCAUUCUGGUGCUGUGGCUGCAAUGAGUGGAGAAGACAGCUGA